CGCCGCCGCUGUGCACGUGCCCCGGGCGCGCCGGAGGAGAAGGCCCCGCGCCGCCCCCAGCAUGACCAACCUCGACCCGCUGCUCCGCACGGGCAGCCAGAGAGGAAGGCGAAACGACUGGUCUGCUAGUCUCAUUGUUGCUUCUUUGGCCGGAGCCUUCGGUUCCUCCUUCCUGUACGGCUACAACCUUUCAGUAGUGAAUGCUCCAACCGUGUUUGUAAAGAAGUUUUACAAUGAAACUUGGGAAAGAAGAUAUAACCAGUCCAUCCCAGAAGGAACGGUUACCCUGCUCUGGACUAUAUCUGUUUCUAUUUUUGCCAUUGGUGGGCUUGUGGGGGCUUUAAUUGUUACUCCAGCUGUCAAGUAUUUUGGCCGGAAGCGCACGCUGCUGUUAAAUAAUGUGUUUGCCAUUGUGGCUGCCUUGUUGAUGGCAUUCUCUCAACUGGCAGGAGUCCUCGAAAUGAUUAUUCUGGGCCGAUUCAUAAUGGGCAUUGAUGGAGGUGUAUCUCUGAGUGCCCUCCCUAUGUAUUUGAGUGAAAUUUCACCCAAACAGAUCCGUGGUUCAUUAGGACAAAUUACAGCAAUCCUCAUCUGUGUCGGUGUCUUCAGUGGACAAGUUUUAGGACUACCUGAGAUAUUUGGGAAGGAAUCCAUGUGGCCCUAUUUAUUUGGGAUGAUAAUUGUCCCAUCACUCAUCCAAAUGGCAGUCCUGCCUUUUCUUCCGGAAAGUCCUCGCUUUUUGCUGCUUGAAAGACACGACACAAAAGCAGCAGAAAAAGCAUUUCAGACCUUUCUUGGCAAAUCUGAUGUGUCGUAUGAAGUAGAAGACGUGUUGGAAGAGAGUCGCGUGCAGAGAAACAUGCAGAUAGCAUCUAUCUUUCAGCUUUUGUGUGACAGCAGUAAGCGAUGGCAGAUCCUCACCGUAAUUGUAACCAUGGCCUGCUACCAACUCUGUGGUCUUAAUGCUAUUUGGUUCUACACAAAUGACAUUUUCAAGGGAGCUGGACUAAGUUCAGAAAUAAUCCCAUAUGUUACUUUAAGCACAGGAGGGAUUGAGAUUUUGGCUGCCAUUUUUUCCGGCUUAGUGAUAGAACGACUCGGACGCAGACCUCUUCUGAUUGGGGGGUUUGGCUUGAUGGUCCUCUUCUUUGUAAUACUCACUGUGUGUAUGACUUUACAGGAUCAAGCAGUCUGGCUUCGAUACCUCAGUAUAGUCUGCAUUCUUGCAAUAAUUGCAUCAUUUUGUAUUGGACCAGGUGGGAUCCCAUUUGUCCUUACGGGAGAGUUCUUCGCUCAGUCUCAAAGGCCCGCUGCAUUCAUGAUUGCUGGGAUAACAAAUUGGCUCUGUAACUUUGCCGUUGGACUUCUUUUCCCUUACAUUCAGGAAGGCUUGCAGACAUACUGUUUCCUGGUGUUUGCUGUCGUCUGUCUUGUUGGUGCCACUUUCCUUUUCUUUGUUCUGCCUGAAACAAAAAACAAGACUCUUGCUGAAAUCAACCAGGCAUUUGCCAGGAAGAAGGUGCCUUUAGAAAUCCGUGAAAUGGACCAGUUUGAAGCCAAGAGCAAAUCAAUGCAAGAACAAGAACACAACUUGUCUUCUACGCUGGAAAAUGGAGAAUCCAAAAACAGGAUAGUCUAAAAUUAUUUUUAAUAGGAAUAUUUUUGCAUCUUAUGUAUUGGUAACCACAAUCAUUCCUUCAGCCUGGACAAUUUUUUGAUCUCAAUGUGGUCAUAACCAGGGUUGAUCUGUGGUAGAGGAGAUGGCAAAGUAUAAUUCAAAAUUAACAGAAGGAAAUAAUGGAGAGGAGGAUUGCUCAAGGAAGUGAAACUGGUCAUUGAUUCGUUUAAAUGUAUGCAAAUUCAAAACGGAUAAUUGUUUUCUGAGGCAGAGGGUGGUGAGUGGGAAGCAGUUGGUCAAAGGGCCCAUCAGCAUUUCCAAUUGGCUGCAGUUUCGGACCUUCCAUGCUUAUCAGCAAUAGGAGGCUGGGUCCAUCAUUCUUGCUCCAGGCUCCUGGCUCUGGAGUUUGCCACAGGGGGCCCUUGUAGGAAUCACUCACCACUCUGCUACCUUGCUGCUGAUACUGUCCACUGGACCUGGCCACUUACUUGCCACUUCUGGGGCAAGAAGCCUUUGAAUGUUUCCUGGUAAUAUAUCCAGUGUCCCCUCAAAAUCUGAAGGAGCAGAAUCUGCUGUAGUGGAAGCUUCAAAGGCACUAGACAAGGAUUAAUUUGAUCUAUGAGAACUGGCUGCCUGGCUACUGGGAGGUGGUAGCUGCAGCCAGUAGCUUCCUGCUGCCUCUCUAUAGUGUGGAGCUGCGUGUUCUGUGGGGAGAUCAGCUACUCUGAAAGUAAUUCCCACAGAAGUCCUGUAGAUGCAAAGUUACUUCAGUGCUUCCAUUAAGGGAAAAGUGACAUUUCCCAUGUUGAUGGUAUACAGUCUGAUCAACAGCUACUCACCUCCUUGAUUGAGCUUGUAGUCGUGUUCAAAGAAGAACUGUUAAACAGGUGACUUUAUCUGCACUGUGCAUGCUAAGGAUUUCUUGGACUCUUACACCCAAGUUCAUGUUUAAGGAAUUAUUUGAAUCUCAGGUUUUUUACCACCUGCUUAAUCCGUGUCAUUUCCUACUUUUAAACGAAAUCAGGGCCCCACUCUGAUUUUGUGGGCUAUUUUUAUUCAAGCCAGAUUAGAACUUUUAGUGUAUCAGAAUAGUUUUCAUGAAGUGGCAGCUGUUUUGUAAAUAAAACCAACUGAAUCUGUAUAUAUUUUGAAAUCUAACCAACAAUGUAUAGUGUGUGCACUUAUCUUCAGCCUGAGCCAGUCCAGGUUUAAUCAUGUAAAUAGUUCAUGAUUGCAGUGCAUCUGAUUUAGGCUUUGUGAAUUUCUCAGAUCAUAUAUUAAGCUUGAUAACAGACACAAGAUCUAAGAAGCCCAGCAUUUCAGAAGAAAGGUGCCACAAUAGGUGCCUUGUCUAGAUGAAAAGGUGUGUCCCUAGCCUUAAAUAGCAUUGCCAAGGAAGUGGUUUAUAUAUGAGAGAGAAAGACUUCUGAUUUUUUUUAUGUUCAAUUUGUAUUGUUGUCUUCCUUUGAAUCAUAUUGAUAUAAAACUAGGGUGAUGGUAGUAGAUUCAUCCUGUUUGAAAAGUACUGCUGAUUGGAGCUGGAACUUCAUUCCAUCCAUCUAUGGUUGUUUUUUAGAGUGUGUGUGUUGUCAGUGCUGGGCUUGUUCAUUUACUGGGGCCUGGUAUGCCUUGAGCCUUGAGAGUUCAAAACAGCCCCAGCGUGACUAGGUUGGGGCCUUGAUUAGAAAUGUGUGUCCAAUAUAUUAAGAUACCUGGAUCUAUUUAAGGCCACUGAGGUAAUUAGGUUUUGUAAUACCGCAAUGCUAUUGAGGGGUAAGAUCAAUGGUAAAAAAAACUUAUCUGGGUAAUAGAUAAGCCUCAGUUGAAACCAGUGUGUAGCAUCCUUUUCAGUUCCCUAAAGACUAACAGACCUGUUCUCCCAAGCACUAUGAGAGAAAUGGAGCUGGCAGGUAAGGGCUUGCAGCAGAUCCUUCAAUUUCCCAAAGCUUUGGGCAGCUGCCCAACUUUUAAUGGAUGUUGGUGCUGUGCUGGCCUUGCCAACUUCAGCAUCAGUUACCAACAUUAGAUGAUUCCCUUACCAGACUCAACUGGCAGUCUUGUACUGGGUAUGCUGGUGGUCUGUGGAAAGCCAUUCUUUCCUCCAGGUCAAAUUAAUUGUUUUGUUUCCUCAUAGUUGUGGAGAAGCUAGAUUAAAGCAAGGUGUCGUACCUUGUCAAACUCUGUACUUCCCUGUGAAUGCUCCCUCCCUACAUAUUGCCCUAGAGUUGACCAGGUAGGUACCAGGCGGCAGUCCAGAUAAUUAAGGGGGGGGAGAAAAGAAGAGUUUGGAUUUGAUAUCCCGCUUUAUCACUACCCGACGGAUUCUCUAAGCGGCUAACAACCUCCUUUCCCUUCCUCCUCCACAACAAACACUCUGUGAGGUGAGUGAGGCUGAGAGACUUCAGAAAAGUGUGACUAGUCCAAGGUCACCCAGCAAGAGUUUCACAGGCUCCCAAUAAUAAUCAUUGUUACUCAUUUUGCUACACAUUUCAGCUAUGUUCAAGUUUAGGGUAUGCUGGAAAUACCCAAUAUCUAUAAAGAACCUUCUAAGGUCUCAUCCUGUUCCUGUGGAGUAGGCAGCCUGCAGCUUUAUUUGGUUUUACUCUUUUGCUGACGUAACUUCAACAAAAAGGGACGAAUGUGUUGUGGGUAUUCUUGUCGGGUGUGCUUAAUAGACCACAAUGGAACCAAUGAAUGUUUGUUUUUUAUAUUCGGUUAUCUUUCACAAAAUUCUGAAAGGCUACAGUCCGACAUCUCUGCUUACAUGUAACUAAGCACCAUUUCACUCGGUAAGACUUGCAUUUUGAGCAGAUGGGAUUCUGCCCGUUCAGGUGUUUUAUUUUUCUCUGUUCCUUAGCUUCCAGGCUACUCAGGAGCCAACUAAAACCGUAGCACUGGAGCCCAAAAAUGAUUGGGUCAAUAUUUUUAUUUGAUCAAUAUUACGUGUGUGAUUCAGGUUAUUAUAUGAAUGUAAUCCAGAAAACAUUAAAGUAUAGCUGCUAAUUUUCA